CCAAUUGGGAUUACUAUUUUCUCUUCUGUCUUUUAAGAUAUUUUCUCUUCAUUGUUAAGAUUAGAGGUAACUUUUUUCUUUUGUGGUCGGUGCGACUGCGAUCGAGCGUGAGGAAGAGCUAGAUCUGGUGACAAUUGAAUCAACUCAAGUCAACAGGAGUAAUGAGCAAGAUGAUGAGUGAAGAUCUGGGCGUGGAAGCCAAGGAAGCCGCGGUUCGAGAGGUCGCAAAGCUCUUAACUCUUCCGGAGCUUCUCCACUCCAUCACCGACAUGAAAGCCGAUUACAUCGCGCGACAACAGGCGAAUGAUGCGCAACUUAGUACGAUGGUGGCGGAUCAGAUUGAACAGGCACAGAGUGGGUUGGAAUCAAUUGCCCUGUCUGAGAAGGCGAUAACCCAGCUUCGUGAGAACUUCAUUUUUAUUGAAAAGUACUGUCAAGAAUGCCAAAAUUUGAUAGAUAAUCAUGAUCAGAUUAAGCUCCUUAGCAACGCCAGGAACAACUUAAGAAAAACUCUCAAGGAUGUUGAAGGUAUGAUGUCUAUUUCUGUUGAAGCAGCUGAGGCUCGGGAGUCCUUGACUGAUGAAAAAGAACUCAUUAAUACUUACGAGAGGUUAACUGCACUUGAUGGGAAAAGGAGAUUUGCAUUAGCCGCUGCUGCAUCGCAUCCAGAAGAGGUUGGCAAAUUGAGAGAAUAUUUCGAAGAUGUUGAUGAAACUUGGGAGACAUUUGAGAAGACAUUAUGGGGUCUUAUUUCCAACUUCUAUAAACUUUCAAAAGAAAGCCCGCAAACUUUGGUUCGGGCUUUGAGGGUUGUUGAAAUGCAAGAAAUUCUUGAUCAGCAACUUGCUGAGGAAGCUGCUGAAGCUGAGGGAGGCGGUGUGAUGGCAGCAAUUGCAAACCCUCGUAGAUCUUCCAAGAACUUGACACAGCAGAAGUUAAAGGUUCAAGGUAAAGGCUACAAGGAUAAAUGCUACGAGCAGAUAAGGAAGACAGUUGAAGAACGAUUCAAUCCACUUCUUAAAGAGUUUGUUUUUUCAGACCUAAAAGCAGCUCUGGAGGAGGCACGAAUGAUUGGAGAGGAGCUUGGGGAUAUAUAUGACUUUGUGGCUCCAUGUUUUCCUCCAAGAUAUGAAAUUUUCCACCUAAUGGUAAACUUGUAUACUGAGAGAUUUAUUCAGAUGCUGAGAUUGCUCAGUGACAGGGCAACUGAACUGACAAAUAUAGAGAUUUUAAAGGUGACUGGCUGGGUAGUUGAAUACCAAGAUAAUUUAAUUGGCCUUGGGGUUGAUGACUCUCUCGCUCAAGUUUGUUCCGAGAGUGGUGCAAUGGAUCCCCUGAUGAAUGCAUAUGUUGAGAGAAUGCAGGCUACAACCAAAAUAUGGUACUUAAACAUCCUGGGGGCUGAUAAGGUGCAUCCACCAAAGAAAACAGAAGAUGGAAAGCUGUAUACUCCGGCUGCCAUUGAUUUGUUCAGAAUCCUCGGGGAACAAGUGCAAAUUGUUAGGGAUAAUAGCACUGAUGUUAUGCUAUACAGGAUUGCUUUGGCUAUAAUUCAGGUGAUGAUUGAUUUCCAAGCGGCUGAAAGGGAGAGACUUGCAGAACCUGCUUCUGAAAUUGGUCUGGAAUCUUUAUGCGCAAUGAUAAACAACAAUUUGCGCUGCUAUGACCUUGCGAUGGAGCUCAGUACUAGCACCCUAGAAGCUCUUCCACCAAAUUAUGCUGAGCAGGUUAAUUUUGAAGACACUUGCAAAGGUUUUCUAGAGGUUACAAAGGAAGCUGUGCUCCGAACUGUGAGUGUUAUCUUUGAAGAUCCUGGGGUGCAAGACUUAAUUGUGAAGCUUUAUCAGAAAGACUGGUGUGAAGGAAAUGUCACUGAGUACCUAGUUGCGACAUUCGGUGAUUAUUUCAUAGAUGUGAAGAUGUACAUUGAAGAGAGAUCAUUUAGGAGAUUUGUUGAAGCUUGCUUGGAGGAAACAGUGCUUGCUUAUGUUGAUCAUCUUUUAAUACAGAAGAACUACAUCAAGGAGGAAACCAUUGAACGGAUGAGACUAGAUGAAGAGGUUAUUAUGGACUUCUUUAGGGAGUAUAUAAGUGUUAACAAAGUUGAAAGCAGAGCCAGGGUACUGAGUGAUUUAAGAGAACUUGCUUCAGCAGAGAGCCUGGACUCCUUUACACUCAUCUACAGCAAUAUUCUCGAGCAUCAACCUGACUGCCCGCCAGAGGUUGUGGAGAGGCUUGUUGCACUGCGAGAGGGUAUACCCCGGAAGGAUGCAAAGGAGGUUGUACAAGAAUGUAAAGAAAUAUAUGAGAAUACUCUUGUUAAUGGAAAUCUACCAAAGCCUGGUUUCCUUUUCCCAAAGUUGAAGUCCUUAUCUGCUUCUAAAGCAUCUCUGUGGCGAAAACUGACUUAACCACAGCCGCCCUCAUGUUAGUAUUUCACUGCCCUUAUUGUAAAACUAUGCUUGUAGUUACAUUCUGUAUGCUUUUGUAAUUUUUUGUUUGCUGUUGUUAUUCAUUGCUUUUUCUGCAGCAUAUUAUUCUUUAUAAUUCUACUUCUGGUAGCUUUUGGUGGACAA